AUGGACCCUGAGGCUUUCACUACAGGGGGCUUCUUCAAGUGGGACCCAAGAGGAGUAGUGGCGCCAACGCCGGCGCGUUUGAUGGAGGCUGUGGCUCCUCCUCAGCCGCAGACGGCUGCUGCGGUUGCGGCUGCUUACAUGGGGAGGGGGCCUAGGGAGCUCGGAGGGAUAGAGGAGUUGUUUCAAGCUUAUGGGAUCAGAUACUACACUGCUGCGAAGAUAGCCGAGUUAGGGUUCACUGUGAGCACCCUUCUAGGCAUGAAGGAGGAGGAGUUAGAUGAGAUGAUGAAUAGCGUGUCGCAGAUAUUCAGGUGGGAGCUGCUAGUGGGUGAGAGGUAUGGUAUUAAGGCGGCUGUUAGAGCUGAAAGGAGAAGGCUUGAAGAAGAGGAUUCGAGGCGACGACACUUGGCUUCAGGUGACACCACCAACGCUCUUGAUGCCCUCUCCCAGGAAGGUUUAUCAGAGGAGCCAGUGCAGCAAGAAAAAGAGGCGGCAGGGAGCGGUGGAGGGGGCACGUGGGAGGUGGUAGUAGCUGGGGGAAGGAAGAAACAGCGGUGCAGGAAGGGACAGAAGAAGGUGGUAGAAGUUGAUCAUGACGAUGAAUUAGAGGGUGCCGAAGAUGAUGAAAAUGGUGAUAUUGGAGGCUACGAGAGACAGCGAGAGCACCCUUUCAUUGUCACAGAGCCUGGUGAGGUAGCACGAGGCAAAAAGAACGGUCUCGAUUACCUCUUCCAUCUCUACGAGCAAUGCCGGGAGUUCUUGAUUCAAGUCCAAAACAUUGCCAAGGAGCGUGGGGAAAAAUGCCCCACGAAGGUCACCAAUCAAGUUUUCAGGUAUGCUAAGAAGGCUGGGGCAAGCUACAUUAACAAACCCAAAAUGCGACACUACGUGCAUUGCUAUGCCCUGCACUGCCUUGACGAGGAGGCAUCGAAUGCGCUGAGGAGAGCUUUCAAGGAGAGAGGCGAGAAUGUUGGGGCUUGGAGACAGGCCUGCUACAAGCCUCUCGUGGCUAUAGCGGCUCGCCAGGGUUGGGACAUUGAUGCAAUUUUCAAUGCUCAUCCCCGUCUUGCUAUUUGGUAUGUUCCCACCAAGCUCCGACAGCUUUGUCAUGCUGAACGCAACAGUGCCGCGGCUUCUAGCUCCGUUUCCGGCGGACCUGAUCAUAUGGCCUUCUAA